GCUUUUAAUGAUUUGAGUGGUGAAAUCCCUUCUGGACUUUGGGAUAUGGAGAAAUUAAAAUUGUUUGAUCUUGAAGCUAAUUCGAUUCACGGCAGGGAAUCAAUCGUCGUUCGUAUUACAUCUGAUCAUGUUGAUUCAUUCGUAACUUUUCUUGCUAUCACUUAUGUCGAUCGUUUCCUGUCAACAAACAUCAAUAUACCGGUGGUUCUACGUGAUAAAGGUUUAAAAGAAAAUUUGAAAUUGUUCGUCUUCUGUUGGGUUUCAAUCGCUUGCAAAAGACAUUGUUCAGUCUUCUGUUGCGUUUCACUCCGUUUGUGGAUCUCCCUCCGAUUCACGAUUUGUUUUCGAACAAAUAGAGAACUAGAAUUUGUAUCAAUGGAACGCAAUAAUCAAUGGAUAAACUAGAAACGAUCUCUGUUAUGAACCGAUUCUUGUCUUUUCCUAGUUUUUUGUAACAUGUCAUAUACCUGAUAAUUUCGCCUUACCUUGCAUGAUCAAAGCUUGCGUCGGAGCUCUGAAUUUGAUAUGUGGACAGGUGGUUCACGGGAUGGCUGUGAAGACAGGUUUGAUCUCAGAUGCUUUUGUGGGUAAUGUGUUGGUUGCAAUGUAUGAGAAAUUUGAACUUAUUGAUGAUGCAGUUAAGGUGCUCGACUUUUGUCCUCAAAGAAACUUGAUCAACCUUCUUAAACUUGCACAUUUUAUUG